AUGUCGGCCGUUCAAGCUGACCAGUCAGGCCAACGCUCCUCGAGCCUGACAAUCAACCUCUCCUCCAACAACCCCUUUCGCAACCGCGCCGCAUCUCCUUCCUCUCUCCCCCUUAGCCCAGCCUCUCCCUUUGAUGACCCUCCGCCUCGCCCAGUCUCCCGCAAUCCUUUCCUCGACCCAGGAAACAACCCGCUCCCACCAUCAGCAAUCGCAGACGCCAUGGCAGACAAGUCGGGCAAGGCCUCUCCCACGGCCGAAGAGAUCUUUGUACGACACCCCUCUCCUCCACGGUCGCACAGAGCUAUCGCGCCCGCGCAUGGGCGUCGUCGCUCGCUCGGCUCUCUCACUCUAGACGACAAGAAGCCUACCCCUCCGCCUGAGGCUAGGGGACGAGGCCCUCCACCCCGUGGCCGGCCAGGCCCUCCGCGAGGGGAGAACAUGCCGCCUCCAGGACGCCGCGGCCCACCUAACCAUCGACCUACCCGGUCUCAGGAGGAAGCUCUCCGUGCGCGACGUCCCCAAGGCGAAGGCAAACUGAUUGACACGUCGUCGCCGCCAAAGAGGAUGGAGAGGCGUCCUCGCAGAAACUCGGAGUCGUCCGUUGUCGACAAGCCUAUGACCGAGGAGGAGAAGAAGGCCCGCGAACUACGGCGCCGAGAGCGGGAGCGCCGUCAUCGCGACAACAAGGACAAGCCCAAGGGUCCCAACAAGAGGAUGGAUAUCAUCGACCAGCUCGAUGCCACAAGCAUUUUCGGUACUGGAGUCUUCCAUCACGACGGGCCGUUUGAUGCGCUCAACCCGCACCGCAACCGCAAGGGCAGCCGGAGGGCGCCGAUGCAGGCAUUUCCUAAGGAUUCGCUCAACAACGUCAUCGGCGGCUCUGGUCCCCUCAACAAGCGGCCUGACCACGCCACCUUCAUGGGCCGUGGAGAAGAGGAGGCUUUCAAGGAGUAUUCGCAGGCCGAGAAGAUGGGCUCGUCGAGCGCUAUGCCGCCCGUAUUUGACCCCCUGAGCCGGGGCUCAGUCCUGCAUGGCGACGAGUCCAUGGGCCUCGGAACCUCGACCUUCCUGGAGGGCACGCCUGCCGCCAGGACUGUCAUCCAGCGACGCGAGGCCGAAAAGGCCGCCGACAUCCAGGAAGGAGGCCUCCAGCGCAAGAAGUCUCUCGCCCAGCGCAUCCGCAACAUCAAUCGCGCUCCUCGUGAUUACCCGUCUGGCCGCAUGACCAACCCCGAGAGCGCCUAUGGCUCCCGUCGCUCCCCGCCCGCUGAUAUGCCCAUGCUUGGCGGCUCAUCGGCCGGCAUGCAGGGCUCGGAACGCAACCCUUUCUUCGAGGAGUUCGACAGCAAGAAGGGCGAGGACGUGAUCACCGUUCGUAGGACAGACACUGGCGGCAAGGCGAGGUCCCCCUCCAGCCCGCCUCCGAUGGGUGCAGCCCUUGAGCGACGAGCUACGACCGAUGCCACUCAGGCCUUGGACAACGCGCAACCCAAGCAGCAGGGAGGAGGCUUGCUUGCUCGUGUCAAGAGUCUGAAGGGAGGUCGGCGCGCGAGAGGACCUUCGGAUGCUGCUCCGCCGCCGAUGGGUCGAGAGGCUUAG